GUGCUCAAUGAUCUUGUAUAUAAUUGGUUAAAUUAACAUGGAGCUUACUAGAAAUCUUUAGAACUUUUCUUAAAGUUAAUUGAAAAUCUUUAACUAUUAUUUUGUUGGAUUUUUAAAAUUAUCAUUACACUACAGUAUUUUGACUAAAAAUACAUGAAUUAACUGGUUUCAUAAGAAAUAACAAUGUCAGAACUUGGAUCUACAUCAAAUGCGUCUAUUCAUCGUAAUGCAAAUGAUGAUGGGAAAAGUAGAAGUCGUUAUUUUUUACAUCAUCAUGGCCCAGAUCAUUCUCAAAGACGGUCGUUGAGUUCCUUCAAGCAGCAUAUAUCUAGUACUGCGUUAGGUCAUUUAAUAUCGAAUGCUAGUCAAAAACAUCUAUCUCGACAACAUGAGACAAAUCAUCGAUUUGAAUACUCCAGUGCUGGUAGUCUUUCGCAUAAUCGAGCACAUUUACGUAAAGGAAGCAAUAAUCAUCAUAAAACUGGUGAUAAAGUUUUUGAAGUUAUUUUAAAAGGACAUGUUUUUGUACGUGCUACUUGUUCACGACUUCGAGAUCUGUGCGAAUUCUGUCUACAUUCAGUUCAUGGUCACUCUUAUUUGUAUUGCAGAAAUUGUCCUGUCGUAAUUCACAAUAAAGAUAUUUGUCAAGAACAUCUUACCAGAGUGUGUCCUGCUCCAGAAAUAGGAGUUACAGGAUGGGGUGAAGGAAACUAUGCAAUUAAAUUUGAAGAAAGCCCAAUAAUAGAUUUAGAAGCAGUAUUCCUUUCAGCACUACCUGGCCUUCAGUCUAAUAAAUGCUUUGAAUGUGGAUGUGUAUUAGAUUCACACAGCGGACAUGAACUUAAAACAAAUAAUAAAAUGAAUGGAAAUAAUGUUUCGUCCAAUAAUAAUAAUCACAAAUCAGUGAGACGUCAGAAAUCAUACAAAGAAAUAUUUUCACACUUACGACGUGUUCGUUCGCAACAUCAGUUCAGUCAAAGCGACGUUACUUCACAAGCUACAACUAUGCGUAUUUGUCAUAUGACUGGAAAAUAUUAUUGCGAACGUUGUCACUGGGAUGACACUUGGUAUGUGCCAGGUUCAAUAUUCCUCCUAAACGAUACAUCUAAACAACCUGUUUGUCGCUCAGUUUACAUUAAAUUGCGCGUUAUUUGGGAUUCUUUGAUAUUGAAAGUUCCAGCUUAUUGGCAUCGAGAUAACCUUGAAGCUGGAAAGGUUUACGAGGUUCGCACCAAAUUACAAACACUUUUACGCUACGCAAUGUUAUGUGCACAGGCUUCUUCCAUAAAGGCUAGUGCUGAACUUUCUGGACCAAGCUAUUUGUUGGGUAAUCCUGAUUAUUUUCGUAUGUGUGAUGUCCUUGAUGUACUCAAUGGGACACUUUAUUCUAGAUUAGAGGCGUAUCUGAAAAUCUGGUCUGAGCAUAAAGCACAUUGUGAAAUUUGUAAUGAUACCGGAAAAUUUAUUGAACCGGAUGAUGCAAUAUGGCUUGGCAAAAAACCAUCAUAAUACAAUUACAAUUUUCUAAAAAAAAAAACCCGCACCAUGUUUUUUCCGUAGCGAUAUUAUAAUAAAGUUCGUUCUGUUUGUCUGUUUGUUUGUUUGGGUAUUUUUUGUUGUUGAAAAGAAACAAAUUUAUUUUGUAAAAUUAUUUGAAUUACGUAUUUUUUUUUCUCACAUCAUUAUUUAUUCAAUAUUGAUUGAUUAAAUAAUUAUUAAAUGUUCAAUGCCAAAAAAAAACUAUUUUUGUUUUCUUCUCUAAACUGUACUUUCAAUUUAUUUCUUUUUUCAUUGAAUAUUGAUUUUCGAAUUAUUUGAUUUAUUGAUUAUUUAGAUGUUUUGUUAUUUCAUAAAUAAAUAAAUCGUGUUAUUAAAAGAUCAAACUAUUAUCAAUUGAAAUCAACAUGGAAUAUAAUAUUUGGUUGUUUGUUUGUUCUUUUUUUUUUGAAUGAAGAAACUUGUGACUUACACUUAGAUAGUAGAAUCAUAGUUUAAUUCAUUAUUAUAUAGAAUAUAUUUAUUAUAUAAUAG